AUGGACGUUAAAGUCCAUUCUGACAAACUCUCAGACGGAAAUGAGAAACAAGGGGCCCAGAGCUCUCAAGGGCAGAAUGGUUUGGGGGAACAGGCCUGGGUGGCCUCCAAAAGUUCACUGCCCUGUGCAACCUCAGGAUACUGCUCCCCACGUUCUGGAGCUUUGUCCCCUAGUUUGCCCCAGCUGGACUUCAAGCGGCCCAAGGUGUGCCUCAAUCUCCCACUCUGGAAGUUACAAGCCAUUAAGCUUGGCUACAUCCACAUGGUACUAAUCCUGCAGGCCCAAAGAAUGCAAGAACUGUGGGGCAGGGACCCACUGUUCACAGAACCCCCUCCGUACCCCUCCGGGCCCCAGGCCCCAGCCCCCCUGGCUGAGCUGUGGGAGGGAGCAGGCAGACGGGAGGCAGCCGGCACACACGGGCCCGCUGAAAGGGAAAGUAACUUUGAAGGGCCGGCGGGGAGGACGCGAGGGUGCACUUCGCGGACUAGCCCCCCUCAGCCGCCUGACUCCACGGUGGCUUUACCCCUUCGGGAAAUAGGACCCCCGGAUGACACAGGAAUCCCCAGGCUCCAGUACUGGCCAUUCUCCACCAGUGAUCUGUAUAACUGGAAAACUCAGAGUGCUCGGUUUUCAGACAACCCCAAAGAUUUACUGGCUUUACUAGAUAGUGUCAUGUUCACCCACCAGCCCACUUGGGAUGAUUGUCAGCAGCUCCUCCGAAUUUUGUUCACCACGGAAGAGCGAGAGAGAAUACAGAUAGAAGCUAGAAAGCUGGUCCCGGGGGACGACGGUCAACCGACUGCCAACCCCGACCUCAUAAACGCAACCUUUCCUCUGACCAGGCCGGCGUGGGACUACAACACGGCAGAAGCCUUACAGAAAAUUCACCAAGAAAUCUGGCCCAAGCUGAGAGAGCUAUAUGAGACCAGUCCCCCACCGACACCCCAUCCGUACCAGCCGGGAGACUGGGUCCUGGUUAAGCGACACCGACAAGAGACCCUAGAGCCCAGGUGGAAAGGACCACUCCAAGUACUCCUGACCACACCCACCGCCCUGAAGGUAGAAGGCAUUGCGUCGUGGAUCCACUACACCCACGUCAAGCCAGUGGACCCAACCUCCGACCUUCUGGGGCCAAUCACGGCGGCGGCGGCUGAAGCACCGGACACGUGGACUGUGGACAGAGCUAAGAACAACCCCUUAAAACUCACCCUGCGCCGGCAGCAUAACGCACUGCAAACAUGCAGUUAGGUAGUCUAACUCUAACAUUAGUCGCCCUAGUGGCCGCUGGGGAAAACAUAAAGCCAGCUCCUAAUCCCUUUGUCUGGAGAUUCUGGCUUUAU